UAACACGGAAGUCUUUCAGAGACGCACAGGCGCCAUGUUGGACUGAAUGGACAGUCAACACGGAAGGAAGAGUAUUGCCGUGUUUUAAGUCAAAAUAAGUCCAUUUUAAAGGCUCACUUCUGCUUAAACAUGCGAUACAAAGUGGCAGAAACAGCAGGCUGAAUUUUAAAGUUGACCGAAGAAACAUGGAGGCGAGGUUCGGCAGCGAAGUGGCGUCGAUCGUUGAGGUGGCCAUCCAGGCGACUGUGUCCGUCUUCAGGGAUGUCUGGGCGAAAGAGGCGCCGAGCGCGGGCUGGGAGGAGGCGAAGUUCGGGGAAAUCCAGGAGAUAGAGAAGUGCCUGGUGGUCCAGAUCCACAAGGUGUUCACGGACUUCUCCUCGGAGCUGUUCGAGGAGAACGAGGCUCUGCGGGCCAAAGUGGAGCAGCUGGAGGACGUGCUGCAGAGGAAAGCCGGGCAGCUGGAGCAGGAGCUGGAGGCCAGAGUGGGUCAGCUGGGCAGAGACAUGGAGCAGCUGGAGAAGGAGCUGAAAAACAUCAGCAAGACGCCAGGAGAGCCCACACAAGUCCAGCUGCAGGAGGGCUCAGUGGCAGGACAGCUCGCGGUUUCAGCCUCCACCAAUCAGGAUACCCCAGAGGAGACUGAAUCCUCCCAGAGCUCAUCCUUAGUUCCAGCAGGAGGCUCUGAAUUUGUUCCCAUCUCCACAGCUGCAUCUGUGACUGUACCGACACCUGCAGCAGCUCCCAUGGUGUUUGUCAGCUCUGAUCCCCCAGAGCUGAUGGUGGACGCCAGUGAAGUCUUCACCCAACAACCUCCUGAACCGUCGACGAAUGCUUCUGAAACAACACAAACAACACCGUUCAGCCUCAGACCGGCAGCUUCACCGGGUUACACACAGCAAGAAGUCCCCAGUCCAGACUCCAGCACCGUCAGCGGACUCGACUCUACGCAGGAAAAGAAUUCUUUGGAAGUGGGACCCUCCAGGAGAACGAGGCGGACGAGAAGGGCAACUGAAAAAGCAGAAAAAAUUUCUGCUGAGAACAACAUUGAAGAGAAAAAUGGCAAGCUGGAAGAACAGGUCAGAAGGUUGAGGAAAAAAGACUCACGGACAGUAAAACGCUUCUUCUGUGAUCAUUGUGACGUCGGUUUCCACUGGAAAGGUGAGCUGAAGAAGCACAUGAAGGUCCACAAGAAGGCUUUUCCGUGUGAGCAGUGUGGCAGGAGCUUCCUCGAGAAGUCGUCUUUGGAAAAUCACCUUUUACGUCAUGAGGCCACCAAAGCUCCGCUGCCCUUCCCCUGUCCUCAGUGUAAACGAUCGUACAGGAAAGAAGAAUCACUCCAGAAUCACCUCAAACGUCACCAGAAGAUGAAACCGCCGAAGCCGUUCGGCUGCGAUCAGUGUGGGAAAACAUUCAGGAUCAAGCAGUCUCUGGAAAACCACCUGUUGCGCCAUGAGAAGUGGAAGCAAUUGUUGAAGUGCCAGCUUUGUGACAAGACCUGCAAGACGUCGGUGCAGCUCAAGUGUCACAUGGCCGUGCACUCGGAAGAAAGACCUUUCAGCUGCGCGACAUGCGGGAAGGACUUCAAGAGCAAAGACACUCUUCGCUUCCACCAGAUGGUUCACACGAACACCAAAAAAUACAAAUGCCCCUUGUGUGAGGAGACUUUCAAAUACGCCCACUCGCUGACAGUGCACAAGAGGAAGCACACGGGCGACACUCCAUUCAUCUGCGGUGUGUGCAACAGGUCGUACCGGACCGGCACCGCUCUGAAAAGACACAGCGUCGUCCACACGGGAGAGAAACCCUUCACCUGUCACAUAUGUGGAGCAAGGUUCAGCUUGAACAACAACCUCAAACGGCACCUUCGCAUCCACACAGGAGAGAAGCCAUUCACCUGCCAGGAAUGUGGAAAGAGUUUCUCAGACAACAACAAGCUCAAGUCCCACAUGCUCAUCCACGGUGCCAGGAAGCCGUUCAUGUGCGACCUGUGCGGGAAGACGUUCCUCUUCAACUGCCGGCUGCUCAUACACCAGAAGUACGUGCACGCCAACAGGAGCGAGGAGUCGGACGGUACGCAGAAUUUCUUCCAGAACAGACGACAGAACAAGUCGCUGGUGAAACCGUUCAGCUGCAAAAUAUGUCUGAGGGGUUUCAGCGCGGCAUGUUCCCUCAAGCUCCACGAGCGAGGCCACAGCGAGCACAAGGAGUUCAACUGCACCACAUGCGGGAAGUCCUUCCACAACAAGUACUCUUUCAGCUACCAUCAGCGCAGCCACUCGGGGGAGAAGCCGUUCGUCUGCGACGUGUGCGGGAAGCGAUUUUUCCACGCUGCUAGCCUGAAGCAGCACGAGCGCAUUCACACCGGUGAGAAACCGUACAAAUGCGACCAGUGUGGGAAAGCCUUCAGAACGGACGGAAACUUCUACAGGCACCUGCGGAUCCACACGGGGGAGAAACCGUUCGAGUGCAUGUAUUGUCACAGGAAGUUCCACCAGUCGAAUCAGCUCAAGUCCCACCUGCAGGUCCACACUGGCCAGAAGCUCUACUCCUGUCAGCAGUGUGGCCGAGGCUUCUCUGAUUCAAGGCAGCUCAAGAAGCACAGCUGUGACACCUCGUAGCGACGCAUUUUCUGUUAUGUUUUCCACCUCUGCAAAUGGGAGCCAUGAAGGCAUUAGUUACAUACGACCCAGUGGAUUUAUGCUCAAGAUAUUGUGUGACCCAGAAAUAACUUCACAAGUUUCAUGUUUCUAAUCUGGUGCAGUUUGGUUAAUUUAUGAGCAAGUCAAUUGAGAAGAUGUUAUAAUUUAUUUUGGUUUUGAAAGUGUGUUCAGCUGUUGCAGCCAUGAAGAAAAAUAUCUGCUUGUGAUAGUUUAACAGUAAGAAUAGGAUGCUUAUAUUAGCUGAACACUUCAACUCUCACUUGUCUGAUAUGUUAGAGUUAAUGGAUUAUUUAAAAGUGAUUAUUAAUGAGAAACACAGUUGCAGCUCUGUUCUCAGUAGGAGUUAACAGCAUUUUUUGUGGCAUUUAGAAUAUUUUCUUUCUUGGUUGUUUAAAAAUCUUGAAGAACAGGAAUUAAUGAAACAUUGUGGCUGUUUAAAAGUAAAGUUACUCAUGAAACCUAAGUAAAAGUAUUUAGGUAGGACACAUCUUCUAGGAUGUCAUAGUUAUUUUCAGCAACUGCAAGUAUUUCUCUUUUACCAUUUGAGUUCUUACUAAAGUGAAGAAUACGGUAUUUUAUUGGCUUUUUUGUUAAUUUGAAAGAUUUAUUGUUUGUAUUCAUGUUUGUGAAUUCAUAAUAAUCCGGUUGAUUGCCGUUGAGAUGAAAUUAUUUUCAAAAUGAACUUAUAAGUCUUAUGUACAGUGCUCUGUAAAGAUGUAGUCUAUAUAUUUUUUUCUGCUCGGAACUGCAAUAAUAAACAUUUGCAGUCAGGUUAA